GCAAUCAAACCAUAAAGCCUGCCUGGAAUCCAGAUGUGGAGAAGAGGAAGGCCUCAUUGAAAUCUGUCCUUUCUUUCCAGUUAACUAGCCAAGACAAGACUCCUGCUGUCAUCCAGCGAGCGAUGUUGAAACACAACCUGGAAUCGGAUCCCGCUGAGGAUUAUGAACUCGUGCAGGUCAUUUCUGAGGACAAAGAACUGGUCAUCCCAGAUACCGCAAACGUCUUUUAUGCCAUGAACAGCCAGGUGAACUUUGACUUUGUCCUGCGGAAGAAAAACUCCCUCGACGGGCAAGUGAAGCUGAGGAACCGCUCCAGUUUGACCCUUCCCAGGACCAACAGGAGGGGCUGCUGGAACAACAGAAACAGCAAAAUUACCCUUUGAGGGUGGAUCAGCCCAACACCCAAGAGGUGGGCUUGAAGGACCAUUGCAGAGAACUACUUACGUGAAGAUGAAUGUGCCAGUAUUCAGCUUUAGAGAGUACAAAGCUAACACUUGCUAUAAAUAAGCACAUAAUUAAUUAGUUAAUUACGGAGAGCAGACGAAAAAGGUCCCGAAUGGAUUUGCACCCCGUAGGCACUAUGAAUUCAAAGCCACUUUCUAUCAGGAAGACAAAGACUAUGCAGAUGAUGCUCCAGCCGUACCACAAGACUCUCCGCCUCUUCUCAGUUUUGACAGUAUUAAUUUGGAGUGUUUUAGAUGCGUUUUUUUUAUAAACGGAAGAAAGCAUUUUAAUCCCUUGUGUUCUUACCAGAAGUGGAAGAGCAUCAGACUAACCACUGGCUGAUGACAGUCCUGGGAGAUGAUUGGGGCCUCUUUGGUAGAGGCAGCCCAGCUUCUGAAACACGUGGAAUUAGCCUUAUUUAGAAUUCUGCCCCUGCCAAUCCUUUUAGGAGUGCUGGAAGAAUCCAUUUCCUGCUCCAGGAGUUCAGCUGUUCACCGAUGACUAUAUGAAUGCACACUUCAGAAGUUGCUCUUAAUGCCACUAUGUUCUUUUCCUUAUGCUUUGCUAUUUUUUUUUUAUAAAACAAAAUUGGGUGAGUGUA